GAAUUUAUUGAAUUUGCGCACGUUAAUCAAGCUCGCCAAAUUGCAGUUAAAAGAAAGAAGAAACAUGUGUUAUAUUUCAUAGAAUAUCAGUUUAUUCCGUUGCUGCAAAAAUAAAAAAAAUGUAUUCUUUGGUCAAGUUACCACUUGUUAUUUCGCGCUGCUGUCUAGCGAAAUCUGUGAACAUUAGUAAAAUCUUAUACCCCACCAUACAAAAACGAUACUUCGCAGACAAUUAUCCCGGCACUGAUGUUGUACCUUUGUGUUCACCGUACUUUCACCUAAAAAUGUUUGUAUAUACUUUUAAAGACAUCACUGUAAAUUUUCACAUUACAAAAAAGUUUCGUUACGGAGCAAUGGAUGCUUUCCUGUACAUAUCGGAGUGCUUGAAUAACAAAGAUUAUCACAAACUUUCUGAAGUUAUGGUACCAGAAUUAAUACAAAAAUUAAAUAAUGGGGAGAGAAUUGUAUCAAGAACUACAAAGGCUGAUGUCUUCCAUGUCAAACACAUUUGGUUUAUGACAUUAUGUGAUGUACGUGUGACUGAAGAUUUAUAUGUGAUUGAAAACAGGGAAAAGAAAAUAAAUACAAUGUGUGUUCUUAUACGAUUUGUCUACUUAACCAAGGAUUUACCAAGUAAAAAUUUUGCAAAAAAUUUAAUGUACUUUAUGGACAAAAAGAGGAAGAGUCACACAUACAACUGCUACAUGCAGUUCUAUCGGACUUACGGGGAAAAUGUAAAAGACUCCCAGUGGUUUGUUGGAGGCAUGUUCUAUUUCACACCACUUGAGAGACUGACCCUCUUUAGAUGGAUGAAAAAUAAGUUUAAUAUGUAGUGCUUUUAAAUAUGAUUGAAAAGACAUCGAAUUUCAAAAUUUACUGCAGUUUUGUUAGAUUGAAGCAACUUGUCUUCUAGUGACAUCUUGACUGCCAACAAACAGGAGAAAUGGUAAUUACAGUGUUACAAAUGUGAAUAAUUUUUCAAGACUUUUUAUUUCUGUGCACAUCUCACUUGAUUCAUCUUUUGCUAACACCAGUGCUGGAAUUUGUCAUUUUUCACCUUGGAGAUGUAACAUAGCCUUUAGAUUAUUAGGCUCACAGGUAAUCGGAUAAAGGAAACAAGUUUGGACCUGUUAUAUAUAGAAUCAGAAAGUACAGUCUGUCCCAGUGUACCAAUAGCUAAUGUUUGAUUACUUAUAGAUACUUUCUCAUCAGAAGUCACCAGUUUAUUUGAUGUACAGUGCCUUUGUUAGGCAAAAAUAUGUUUCGUUUGAGAUUUUUGUACCAGUACCUAUAAUAAUAAGUUGACAAUGUUAUGAGCUUUGGCAGGUUUUUUUUUUUUUUUUUUUCAAUCAAUCUACUUUGUAUAUUAUUGACAUUAACUGAUUUGUCAAGCCUACAAUUUGGAAACAAAAUCAAAGUCAAAGGGAUUUCAAUAAUCAAAAUUGAUGUAACAACUGUAUAGCGUUAUGUCAGUGCAAUAACGGAGUAAUUCCUUCUGAAUUUAAUAAGAUUUAAUCAGUUAUUGCAUCAAGGUGAUGAUAGUGGAGCCUGGUCCGACUGCCUAGAAGUGCAGACUGGCCGGUGCAAGAUCCGGUGGCACUGUGCAAUAAAAGAAAAAUUAAUGACCUAAAUUAAGGUAGAUAUGUAGUAUGUUAUUGAUGAAAAAUUUUGAAAUAUUACUACAAAGAUAGAUUUUCUUUUAAUACAAGUAAGGAAAUCAUACAAGUAAAGAAAUCAUACAAGUAAUGUACAUAUUUUUGUUUUUGAAAUUUUCAAUACCUGUUAAAAAUGAUUUGUGUUUCAUUUGAUUUGUAUUUUAUUUGUUCAUUUCAUUUAUAUCUUUCGAAAACAAUAUAAUUGAUUAAAUACAAUUUUUUAGCUUGAUUAAAUACAAUUUUUUAGCUUGACUAUUCAAGGAAUGAGUAGGACUGACCUUAUACUCACCCAUGCAUCAGUUAAAGUUUUGCAAUGCAACAUCAUAUCUCAUCAACCACUAAUGAAAUUUGAUUGUAACUUCACACACAUAUUUGAAGGCAUAAUGGGAGACCCAUAACUGAUCUAGCUUAGAUUUUGACAGAAUUAUGGCACUUUUUGAACUGUGAAAAUGAUUGAUUAAAGUUUUGCAUGCAUGCCCAGGUUGACCCAUAGUUUUUAUGGACAAGUGAAAGUUUUCUGUUAUGAAUAUUAUAAGGACAAAGCAGACAAGUAAGUCAAAAUCUGAUUUCCCCGGCCCUUAGUAAUUUUAAUUGACAAAUUGUUAAGUGUCGAGAUUGAAAGAAUUAGACAUGGGCAUGUAAGAUAUUUUACAUAAGUGUAAUUGUUAAAACAUGCAUUAAUACACUUGUUACUAUAUAUAGUAACAAAAUUGCCCAUGAUUUAAACUAAUUAUGAGUGUCAUGUGACCUAUUAUGAGUUUGCGGCCCGGGGCCGAGAACUAGUUAUGAGCCCGCAGAACUAAUGCACGUGCACAAACCGAAACAAUGACGUCAGAUUUUACGUCAACAGUUAACUGUAAAAGUGAAAGUAGGUUUUUAGCACGAAACGCUUGAUUUUAUUAUGAGAGCUUUUAAAAGCGUAUUUCGUACAAACACAGUUUUUUAACAAUUGAAAUUUAAAGAAAUAAUACCACAAAUUCAUUCCGAGAAAAAAUGAAAAUAAUACUUGCUUCUAGAUUCUAGUGUACUUUGUAUACAUAAAAAGUAAACAACUCUGUAGAAGUAACUGUACAGUAGAUGUAGAUCUACAGACGGGAAUUUCAACGAAAGAAAUAUCAAAGUAAUUUUUUUUUUGAAAAAUGCUACUAGAUCUCAUUAGAUCUACCAAGUGUAUUAAAGACAUUAAUACACGUCAUAGUUGUGCCAGAAGGUGAUAAUCGGCCCUGAAAUGAAUAAUGCCCUCGGGCUGAAACCCUCGGGGGCCAUUAUUCAUUUUGCGGGCCGAUUAUCACCUUCCGGCCCUACUCUGCCGUGUAUUAAUCUCUUAAUAAUUAAUUUGGGAAUAGAAAUUUUAUUCAUAUUUGUAUACCAUAACUUUGUAUCUUCCUUGUAUGAAAACAUGUAAACAAGAAUUUGACAAAAGUUUAACAAAAAAAGGUAAUUGGAAAAGGAUGGAGAUGAAAAAUUAUUAUCAUACACAUAUAUUGUAGACACAUUUUUGAUACUGUACAAACUUUAAUGGAAUUUUUGUCAAUGUUUUUGUCCUGUACUUGGUACAGUAUUUUUAAGGGACCAUUAUUAAGAUGGUAAUCUACUGUUUCGAAUAAUUGCUAUUACUUUUUCAGUUAGAAUUCAGAGUUUUAUUAAAUAUGAUAGAAAGUG